UUCACGCGAGUUUCUACCUACCGGAAAUGAAAAACGUAAGUUCGCACCUUGAGAGUGGUUCGCCAACCUUUCUCGCCCGUUGAAACAAAGAAUCAAGAGAUAGAGUCAAGAGAAAAUUUUGUUACGGGCAAUCAAUGUAGACACGACGUGGACCGGGAACUAUCGGAAAGUUCGCAGCCGUGUGAGACAACGUCGGACGAGCAAAGAGGAAGAGACGAGAAAAAUAGGGGGAGCAAACGUGAUCGAAGUUCGUCGCGAUCGUGCGAUGGCGCUUACGCCUACGCGACGAAUUCACCUGAACGACAUAAUUUAUGUAAUAUUUCAAUGUUCAUAUCGAGUCAUCGUCAAUGUCUUAUCAGUUCCGCGAAGAAGUUGAUUGCUCUGAUUUAAAAGCAUAUGGUAUAGCGUUGGACCUUCAGUCGAGAACCAUGUGGCGGGUGUUGUUGCUGCUCUGCACGGUGCAAUACGCGCUCUGCUUCCAAUCUCGGAUUAUAGGGGGACAGGACGCGUACAUCGCCGACUAUCCAUAUCAGGUAUCCAUUCACGAUCAACAAAAACUGUUAUGUGGAGGCUCCAUAAUCAGCCAAAAUUGGGUGUUAACGGCGGCACAUUGUGUUUCAAGCUUAGGGGCCUGGGAACUUAAAAUUCGCUUGGGUAGUACUUUUUACAAUAAAGGUGGCACGGAGAUCAAGCAGGGGCUUCAGGUAAUUCGCCACCCAAAAUACAAUAGCCAGACAUUGGAUUACGAUGUUGCUUUGAUAAAGUUACCGCAGAAGAUAUCUACAAGCGAAACCAUAAAACCGAUCACCCUGGCGUCUUAUUCGAGCUCGGUAAACGCCAGAGAAAAAGCAGUGGUGACAGGAUGGGGAUAUGUGAAGGCGAACGGCCCGAUGUCGAUCUCGUUGAAAAAGUUAACGUUGCUUGUCGUAGACCAAAAGGAAUGCAAAAAGAUUUAUAGUAACGAAAACAUCACGGUGACGGACAACAUGAUAUGCGCGAGCAGUUCGAACGAAGAAGACGCUUGUCAGGGUGAUUCCGGAGGACCGUUAGUGCAUAACAAAGUCCAAAUUGGCAUCGUGUCUUGGUCGUUGGGCAAAUGCACAGAUCCCAGGUUUCCCGGAGUGUACACGCGAGUUUCUGCUGUGCGACAAUGGAUAAAGGAGACAACGCAAGUGUAAAAUUAAUGUCCCUCGGUGUACAACAACAAUCUCACAAGUCUUAAAUUUACAAAUAGCGUCGGUAAAUUUUUAAUAAAGACGGAGAAUAAAAGUACGUCGGGAAGUUCUAUCUAUUAUUCAUUCAUCAAAUUAAUGUACGAGUUUCAGCGAUUCAGUUUUAUUCGCGUCGUCAUUUCGAGAUACGAUGAAUUGAAGCAUCUGUUUUUUUAUAAUUAAUUGACACUAAUUUAACCGUAUAUAUAGAAAGACGGAAAAAGUUAUAUAGAGAAAAUUCUCCCUGCACUUAGAUACGUCUUGUUCUGUUUCAUUCUGUUAGAAAAAGUAUGCUUUCCUUUUCUAGAAACGAAAUAUUAGAGUUCUUUAAAUAUCUAAAAUAUUGAUAAUUAAAAGGAUUCAUAAAAUAAAAGGGAUUAAACGUGAAAA